AGCGGGACAAACAAAAAGUGAGCAAUUGAUUGAAAACAAAAAACAAUAGAAAACUUCAUUKCUUUGCUUAGAAAUGAGAUAAAACGUUUUCGAUUUUUCAAUUAUUAAUAACUAAUUAAAUAAUUAAUUAAUAAAGUAAUCAAUCAUAUAUGAAUUUUGGUUGAGCAAUUAGUGAAGAAUUAAGAGCACUUAUUCAUUUUUUUCUGCUGUUGCGGUUCUAUGCCAACUUUUUUGUGCUCAUAUAUAUUGACAAUUGAGUUUCUGCAAUCUAACCUUCAAAUUUCACUACAGAGUUACAUUAAGUUUGUGUCAGUUAUUUAAUAUAUGAUAGAUUAUGAAGAUUUAUAAUAUUUAUAAAGAUAUUUUAACCACACCGUGUGUAUAUUGGAUGGAAAAUUACUAGAUUAAAUUAGGACAUAGGGAAAUUUAACAAUUGCAUCAUGAAAUUUAUUAGAUGCAAGUAUAAUCGUUGAAAUUUUUGGUUAUCAUAUAUUCUACAAAUUUAACGUAAUAUAUUGUCAACAUCAAUGCUUAUGGCGGGAAUCUCGAAAUGUUGAAUGUUUCUAAUUAAAUAUAAAUAUGUCGCAAUCUAUCUUAAAAAGCAGUUUAGAAAAUGCUUCCUUCAACAUCAUAUUUCAGAUAAUAUGUCGCUGUGUUACAUUUGUUCUAAAUGCUUUUGUGGUACGUCAUGUUGGCCAAGCAAUUUUGGGUGUCAUCAAUGUUAGAUUACUACUUUUAGAAUCCAUGAUAUUAUUCUUAUCCCGUGAACCAUUUAUGAAAGCAUGUUUAACUAAUACAUCGGAGCAUAACUGGGCUCAAGUUGUAAAUUUACUAUGGAUGACAGUACCCAUUUGCAUUGUAAUGUCUUCUCUGUUUGGAUAUAUUUGGCUCUUUCUUUUAUCAACUUCUGAAACUUUACCUCCUUACUAUACAUUUGCAGUAUGGGCAGUGGCAUUAUCUUGCAUUAUAGAAUUAUCAUCUCUAAUUGUACAAUUAGUUGCCAAUGCAUUCCUUUUUGUAAAACUUAAAGUUGUAUUAGAUACAAUCAUGAUUACUAUUCGUACUUUAACGUUUGUACCAUUAAUACUUUACUAUCCAGAAAAUGCUUUGUUUGCUUUUGGCAUAGCACAAUUAGUUGCAGCAAUAUUUUAUACAACUAGUUAUUAUUCAUAUUUUCAUUAUUAUAUUAAUAAUAUAACUAAGUGCAAACAAAAAAGAAGAAUGUCUUUAAAGGAUAAAAAUGAUGAAUAUAUCUCAACAGAGUUUCCAUUUCGAACAAUAAAGGAUUUUUUGCCAGGUCAAUUAGAAAAUAGUGACUCAUAUUUAGAUAAAAAAUUAACAAUAUUAACAUGGAGUUUCUUUAGACAAGGGAUUUUAAAACAAAUUUUAACAGAGGGCGAAAGAUUAAUCAUGACAGUUAUGCCAGUACUCUCGUUUACCGAACAGGGCACGUACGAAGUCGUCAAUAACUUGGGUUCUUUAGCUGCAAGAUUUAUUUUUCGUCCAAUUGAAGACAGCGGAUAUUUUUACUUUACGCAAAUGGUCAAAAGAGAUAAAGCUUUGUUGGAACAAAAUCCGACAAAAAUUCAAGAAAGUAUAAGCGUCCUCACGCAUUUGUGCUCAUCCGUUACAGCUAUUGGCUUAAUAAUUUUAGUAUUUGGACAAUCUUAUUCAAGUACAUUACUUUGGUUAUACGGUGGUGCAAAAUUGACAUCAAAUUUACCAGUUCUUUUAAUGAGAGCACACUGUCUGGCUAUAUUAUUACUUGGUAUUAAUGGUGUAACCGAAUGUUAUACCAAUGCGACGGCUGACAGUACUACUAUAAAUAAGAACAAUUUAAUCAUGAUUUAUGAAUCAGUAGCAUUUCUGGGUGCAUCCUAUUUAUUUGUUAUUUGGUUCGGACCUGUCGGUUUUAUACUUGGAAAUUGUUUUAAUAUGAGUUUAAGGAUUGCGCAUUCGAUGGUAUUCAUUAAUAAACGUCAUAUUGGUGCAAUUCAAAAUCCUUUACUUGGACUAGUACCAAAACGAAUGUUCUCUAUUACAUUAUUAUUAGCCGCAGUUAUCACAAAUUUAUCACAUGUCUAUUUCUUCCCUGAUGAAAAAAUGCUGCAUUUGUUAAUUGGAUUGAUAGCAUUUAUAAUGGUUCUUAUUGCAUGGAUUUAUGAACAUUAUGAACUAAUUAAACUUGGUGGUAACAAGUGGUACGAACGGAAGAACAAAUAUAAAAAGAAUGAUUGACCUUAAAUUCCCAGAGUGUAAAUAAUUUAUUAGUAUUUGCAUCCUUCUUUAAAAAUAAGAUUGUGGUGCGAUUCAAUAAUAUUUCAAAAUCAUAAUAAUAAUUUCUAUUUCCUAUACUUGGAAAGCGAUGAUACUGUUUGUUAUGAUAUAACUGGGCACGAAAUUAUCUUCCUCCUUAUGUGUAUGAGAAUAAAUAACAAAA